CACAGCCUCAAACACACAGACCACUCACUACUCAAUCACUCUCACCUUUGACACCCUCCUCCUUGAGAACUUAUCCUCUCCUGCUCCGACCAACUGGAUCAGCAGUAGAAGUGAAAGAGUUGUGAGUACUAAGGUGGUUGAGGCCUGAGGGGAGCUGCUUUGUUUAAUGGGUCUUACUUCUUUGCAAGUUUGCAUGGAUUCAUCUGACUGGCUACAGGGCUCAAUUCACGAUGAUUCUGGAAUGAAUUCUUCGUCACCAUCAGGAGACAUGCUCGCAUGCUCAAGGCCGUUGAUAGAGAGGCGGCUGAGGCCACCCCAUGACCAGGCGCUCAAGUGCCCAAGGUGUGAGUCAACACACACAAAAUUCUGCUACUACAACAACUACAGCCUCUCUCAGCCGAGGUACUUUUGCAAGACCUGUAGAAGGUAUUGGACCAAAGGAGGCACCCUUAGGAACAUUCCUGUCGGCGGUGGCUGUAGAAAGAACAAGAAGGUUUCUGCUAAAAAAUCCAAUGAUCAACCCAUCAACCAAAACCAUCCAGGAUCAUCAUCUUCUCACAACCCUACUGAUCUUCAGCUUUCUUUUCCGGAGGCGCAACUUUCUCACCUUACUAAUAUGCUUGGCACACACGGCACGCUUGCAAACCCUAAUUUUAUGGACGCCAGGUAUCACGGUAUGCUGGAGAACCCUAGGCCUAUUGAUUUCAUGGAGAGUAAGUUGGAAGCUGUUGUUGGGAGUUCAAGGAAUUAUGAUUUUAUGGGGAAUGGUGAUCAUCACAUGGGUAUGGUUGGUGGGCUUGGAGAUCUGAGCGGUCAUGGUUUGGCACCAAAUUUUCAUAGUCUUUGCUCUCCUUUUGGAAUGUCGCUUGAUGGGAACAGUGGCAGUUUCAUGGACACUUGCCAAAGGCUUAUGCUACCAUAUGAUCAUCAUCAUCAUGAUGCAAAUGAUCAGGACCAUAACGCAAUGGAUGUGAAGCCAAACACCAAGCUCUUGUCCCUUGAUUGGCAAGACCAAGGUUGUUCUGAUGCUGGAAAGGACUCGCUUGUGUAUCUCAACGGUCUAGGAUCGUGGACCGGCAUGAUGAACGGUUACGGACCGUCUACAACAAAUCCAUUAGUCUAAGCUAGCUAAUCUGAUCAGAAGUUAUAUAUCCACGGUCAAAGAUCCACCAACCCAUUGCAUGUAUGCCUUUGAUGGAAAGGUUGUUUUUUUCGUGUUUCUUUCUAUGAAGGCGGUCUUCCAUGUCUAUUGACUUGGCAGGUAGUGUGAAUGAGAAGCAUGACGGUCCAAAAUCGACUGCCUGAGUGCCCUACUAUUGGCUUUUGUAAUUUUUAUUUUUUUAAUCUCUUUGUUAUAUUUGUUGUCUUGUGUGUAAGACAUUCAAAUCUCUAGGAUUUUGUUGUAAUACCGAGGAAGAUAUAGUAGUACUGCUUUUUCAGUUUAAAAAAUGCAUAA